AUGGAGUUGGGACAAGUAGGGCAGGAAGAAAACCCACUCGUAACACUAGCCAAUAAGCACGGACUCAAAAACACACCGGACAAUUCCAGCUCCGUCCUGACAUAUGACGAGACCGGCUACAAUGACUACCAAGAUCUGUUAAACACUUUCAGCGACGUGAAAGAUGUGGCCUACAGAGACGCGGGACAGAUGUUAUUAGACAAUAUUCAAGAUAAUAAUGCGCGUACAGGAUUUGCCAUGGCGGGCUGGAAUCCCCCACAGAACGAUAUGAAGGCACAAGCAGUGGAAUGGUGGAAUUGGGACUGCGAAUGCGCAGCCAGCCCCGACGCCAGCUCAUUCAUUUUCGGAGUAGCCGCCGAGAAUCUCACGUUCAACCAGUUUGGUGAAAAUAACCACAUGGUCGUGGAUCCUCGCGGAUAUAGUACCAUCAUCGAACGCGAGGCGUCGACCUUCCUCCAUAAAGAGGUCCAAGACCGUCGGCUCUGGCUCAACACCCAAGUGACCGGUAUUGAAUACUCUAAAAAAGGUGUCAAAAUCACCAACAGCGAUGGCAGCUGUGUCAGCGCAGCAUAUGCCAUUUGCACGUUUUCUCUAGGCGUACUGCAGAACGACGUCGUACAGUUCCACCCGGCUUUGCCCAAAUGGAAACAAACUGCUAUUCAGAAAUUCAGCAUGGGGACAUACACCAAGAUCUUUCUGCAGUUUGAUGAGGCAUUCUGGCCGACCGAUACGCAAUUUUUCUUAUAUGCGUCGCCUACCACACGCGGGUACUACCCGAUAUUCCAAUCGCUUUCGAAAGACGGCUUCAUGCCUGAGUCUAACAUCCUGUUCGUUACUGUCGUAGAAGAGCAGGCAUAUCGAGUAGAGAGACAGUCCAACGAGCAAACCAAAGACGAAGUUCUCGCUGUCCUCCGCGAGAUGUUUCCCGAUAAACAAAUACCCGAGCCCACCGCAUUCAUAUAUCCUCGAUGGAACAACGAGCCAUGGGCGUACGGCAGCUACUCCAACUGGCCCGUGGGAACCACGUUAGAAAUGCACCAGAAUCUACGCGCCAACGUAGACCGGCUGUGGUUCGCCGGAGAGGCAACCAGCGCACCUUAUUUCGGAUUUUUGCACGGUGCGUGGUUUGAGGGCCUCGAGGCGGGCGAGCAAAUCGCUGCGAUGUUGCAGGAUAAAUGCUCGAAUACUCAUGACGAAGCUAUCUGCGGAGAUCGCACCCAUUAUGAUGUGUUGCAUGGCACGACGCCAAUAGAUGCGUAUACCAUCAUCAAUGGGUGGUCGGUUAACAGUACAGAUCUAUAA